CCUUCGUCGGACCUAUAUAUGCUUCAGUCUUCCGUAGAUCGACAUAGUCUGCACUUGGAAGGCCUAGAAGCAGUUCUUGUAGAAAACCAAUCAAUUAAACCCAUUCAAAAUGAAAUACGCCGUAUUUUUCGUUCUGUGCUACGUGGCGCUGUCCUCAGCUGCUCCUCAGGUGAUCGUACCGGGCAUCGCUCCUGGUUUUAUUGCCCCUGGUGUAUAUGCCCCAGGUGUAGUCGCCCCAGGCGUAGUCGCCCCUGGUGUGGUAGACGUGGCUGGAUUGGUUGGCCCCAGGACCUUGGUCGCUGGCCCCACAGUCAUCAAUGGCGUACCCGGUGGCCAGAUCAUCGCCCCAGGCGUCAUCGGCACCACUGUAAUCUAAUCCUUCAAAACCCCUAAUCCCUAGCUCCCUCCCACAAGUACUGCCUCCCAAUCCCAACUAGACCAAUCGGUACAUACAAUUAAACUGUACAUAAUGUUCUUAUUGCCAAAUUAAAAGUACUUUCUCUUCCGA